AUGUCAGCACCAGUUAUCGAAGAAGUUCCAUUUUCAAGCAGUUUUGAGGACCUUGUUCCUGCAAGGCCUAUUGAACAUUUAGGAAAGACAGAUUUAACGUUUAAUGGGAAACUAGCAAGUCCGUUGGUCAUAAACGAAGAUGGCGGUGAGUCCGGAUGCGGUGGUAAAGUUUGGAUUGCUGGAGAACUAUUAUGUGACUAUAUUUUGACAGGGUCCAACGAAGACCAUCUUCUUGCUAAGCUCUAUCCCAACAGGGAUUUCAAAAGGGUGCUUGAGCUCGGUAGUGGUACGGGGCUUGUUGGAUUAUGCGUUGGUUUAAUGGAUAAAGUAAAUCCUCACUCGUAUCGUCAGAUUUAUGUAACUGAUAUUGAUCCUUUGAUGGGAUUGAUAGAGCAAAAUAUAGUAUCUAAUGGGUUGGAAGACACUGUGCAUGGUGAGGUACUUUGGUGGGGUGAGCCAUUACCGGAAACGUUUGUCGAGAAGCCUGUCGAUUUAGUUCUUGCAGCGGAUUGCGUUUAUUUAGAAGCAGCAUUCCCAUUAUUGGAAAAGACUUUGCUUGACCUGACUGAUGUUGAUGAUCCUCCCGUCAUCCUGAUGGCCUAUAAGAAGAGACGGAAAGCUGAUAAGCACUUUUUCCAGAAGAUCAAGAAGAACUUUAAGAUUGUAGAGAUACAAGAUUUCGCAAAGUAUGGAUACUACCUGAAACAGAGAACGCAUCUGUUUGAACUUAUUAGAGAAAAGCAUAACUAG